AUGGAUUCAUCAAGAAAUGAAAGAACAUUAUUUCAAAUUUCUCUCGAGUCAUCGGUAGGACAGUCUUCACGAUUUUAUUAUUACAGAAGAGGUGAAGGUGUUCCAUUUGAAUGGGAAAAGCUGCCUGGAAUCCCUAAGAUUAAUCCAUCAAAAGACGAUGUCAAUAAUAUUAUAAAUACACCACUUAGCCCUCCACCUUCAUUUCAAAGCUUGGGGCUUCCUAAGCCUUGUUUUGAUGAUCAUGAAUCAAAACGUUUCAAGGUUUGGCUUACAAAGAAGAUGAAGAAACUGCAUCCAUUAAAAACUCAUGAUGGAGCCACUUCGUUUAACAACUCUAGUUCCUCUUCAUUUGACUCAAACACCAAAGAGAGGGCACGGGAUUUAAUGGAAGAUCCACAUUGUUGCAAUCUCACAUCAAUGGAUAAAGAGGAUUUCUAUAGUAAAAUGCACAAGAGAGUUUUGUCAGAAGAAAUUGGUGAAGCAUUGUUCCUUGACAGAAUUGUUUCAAGAAUGUCAUCAGUAGACCAAUCUUACUAUCGAAGCACAGAAGGAAUUCCCUUCAAAUGGGAAAUGAAGCCAGGUACCCCUAUACAUAUACCACAAAAUGAAGGCAUUCCACCUCCUAGCCCUCCCCCAAUUGUACAAAGUUUGGCAUUGCCUAAACCUUGUAUUCCUCAUCAUGAUCAAGACAAUACACUUUCUACUUGGGACAGAAUCAAGAGAAUGAUCAAAAGUAGUCAUCAUGCAGGCCGCGAUUCAGUUCUCUCUUCUUUGUCCUCUUCAAUCUCGAAAAAGAAAGUGCUACCUUUGUCUAAAUUUAGAAGAGAUGUCUUAGGGAGGACAUUUUGUUUCAAUCCUUGGAAAAUUAGAGCAAAUCUUCCGUCUUCAAGACGCAUAUGA